GGGCGCUGCCGCUGCCGGGGCCCAGAUCAGCUGACGGACUCCUCCAGCAAACGUUCCUUGACCCACAAACAGUACAGAUACACCAGUAGAUAACUAAUAAAUUGUUGUGAAUUCAGCGCCUCGUCACCUGGAUAUAUCCUGCCGUCUGGCACCAAGAUGCUGCUCAAAUACAAGGGCCUUGUCCGUCGACUAUGAAUCUCUGUGGGUGGGUUCAACAUUCACAACUCUACUUUUACAGAGACAGCAGGAUGCACAAGGGAUAAGCGGGCGGAGGUGAGAAGAGGACAGCAGCCGCAGCGCCGCGCAGCCCGGCACCAUGGCCAACGCGGGUCACUUAGUGAGGCGCACUUCCCAGCGGGAGAUGGUGGUGCCGCAGAAGAGCCUCGAGAGAAUUGAGAUGCGCGACAUGCGGAACCGCCUCGUGCAGGAGAACGGCGGCCCCUCCUAUGGCACCACCAACCAGGCCUUCGAGGACCCACAGAGGAGACAAAGUGUGAAGAAAAGGACCACCAGUGUGACCAUCCCUGAGGAAGCCAUACAGAGCCCCACCCGCUCCGAGAAAGAGUUGGAAGCCCUCGAUGAGCCCCCGCCCGGAGACGCCAUCCAGCCCAGCGUGGCCGCCAAGCCCGGGGACGGCGCCGUCGAUGAUCGGGAAUCGUGGGACUCGAAGUGGCAGUACCUGCUGGCCGUGAUCGGGUACGCGGUGGGCCUCGGCUCGGUGUGGCGCUUCCCCUACCUCUGCCAGAAGAACGGCGGCGGCGCCUUCCUCUUCCCGUACUUGAUCAUGCUGGCCGUGGAGGGCAUCCCGGUGUUCUACCUGGAGCUGGCCGUCGGGCAGCGCCUCAGGAAGGGUGCCAUAGGUGUCUGGAACCAAGUAUCGCCCUACUGCGGGGGUAUAGGAGUAGCGUCCGCCUUCGUGUCCUUCAACGUGGCUCUCUACUACAACACUAUCAUCGCCUGGUGCCUCUACUACCUCGCUGGGAGCUUUCGCAGCCCCUUGCCGUGGACGGAAUGCCCCAAAACUUACUACAACAACGGGUCGUACAAAGACGUGAAGGAAUGUGCGAAGAGCAGCCCGACAGAGUAUUUCUGGUACAGAGAAACGCUAGAGAUCUCGCCGGACAUCAACCACCCCGAGAGGUUCAACUGGAAGAUCGCUAUUUGCCUCCUCGUGGCCUGGGUCCUCACCUACCUCUGUAUGGCUAAAGGCAUCGCAUCCUCCGGCAAGGUUGUAUACGUGACGGCCCCCUUCCCCUACCUGGUUCUCGUCAUCUUCUUCGUACGCGGCAUCACACUACCCGGCAUGGAGGACGGACUCAAGCAUCUCUUUACCCCCGACUGGACGAAAAUCCUGGACCCGACGGUAUGGCUAGAAGCGGGGACUCAGAUAUUCUUCUCGCUGGGUCUGGCCUUCGGUGGUCUGAUCGCCUUCUCCUCCUACAACCCUGUCCACAACAACUGUUUCCGGGACGCUGUGGUCUGCGGUCUGAUCAACUGUUUUACGGCCAUUUUCGCCGCUGUCGUCGUCUUCUCUGUGUUAGGGUUCAAGGCACACAUGGAGUACGAGGAAUGCGUGACGAACAACGCAAACAUCCUGAUGGAGCGGUUCAACACGACGGAGGUGACGUGGCUGGACCCCAAAACCGUCCUGCUGACCGACGGCACCAAUGUGACCAUCCCGGAGCUCGAGAAAUGCGACCUCCAGGAGACAUUAAAGAACUCAGCCUCAGGGACGGGCCUCGCCUUCAUCGUGUUCACGGAGGCCAUCAACCAGUUCCCGUGGGCGCCCCUUUGGUCCGUGCUCUUCUUCCUCAUGCUCUUCACCCUCGGCAUUGACUCGGAGUUCGGCACACUGGAGGGCGUCAUCACCUCCAUCGUGGACCUCAAGGUGUUCCCCAACAUCCGCAAGGAGAUUCUGACAGCCCUUGUGUGCGGGAUAUGUUGCCUGAUCAGUAUGGCCUUCGCUCACGGGGCAGGAAACUACGUGUUCAUCCUCUUCGACGACUUCUCCGGCAACUUCCCGCUCCUGAUUGUGGCUUUCUUCGAGUGUGUCUCCGUCUCCUUCGUCUACGGCCUUCGCAGGUUCAGUGACGACAUCGAGCUCAUGAUUGGCAGCAGACCUAAUUGUUUCUUCCUCAUCUGCUGGAAAUAUGUGUCUCCUGCCGUCAUGCUUACCAUCCUUGUAGCCUCCAUCGUCAAGCAGGUGAGGAGCGGCUCGGGCUACAUGGCCUGGGACGCCAGCGAGGGCAAGAUCGUGUUCGAGCAGUGGCCGGACUGGGCGUGGGCGGUGGUGGCGGUGCUGGUGCUCAUCUCCGCCCUCUGGAUCCCGCUCAUCGCCUUCACCAGGUGUUGCGGCAUACACGUGAUACAGGACGAAGAGCCGGCGUGGUUCCCCGCUGAAGAGCUGAGGGAAUACUACGCCGUCGUGCCCCACAAAGUGUCACAAGUGGAGCGGAAGCUGUUCUGCAUCCACGAGGACGGCAGUGAAGGCCUCUGCUGCCCCAUAGGCGGGCCGCCCCAGGAAAGCGUCUAGACUCUGCAGGGUGACGAGGCCGCAACACCUGAUGGGCUCUCGUCAGUCACCCCACGAGGCCGCCAUACUAGAGAAAGGAAUCUUAUCUGUGGAAAUAGAAGCGAGUAGGAAAUCGUCGACAGGUGGUUGGCGAGAAUGAGGUUUGGUUGCAACACAGUCCACUUCCCGUGCGAGCCUUUCCCAAGCUUGUUCAACUAUAAUUGCAUAAUACUCAGGCAAAGCUCUAGGCUUUGUUCCUUGGUUGGCUUUCCUCCCUGAUCUCCGAUUUUCAUGAGUUGCCACCCUCGCGAGGAGGUCAGGAUCUGUUCCUAGACAACGCCUGCCCAGCACACGCCUUCGUCAAUCGGCCACUCCCACCGUGGGGAUCAUCAAAAUUAUCGCCACCUUUUUUUCGCCCCUCUAGAUGUGUCAAAUAUUGCAUAUAAUUUUGAAAUUUCUAUAGUUCUGGUAGACCUAUAUGCACAAUACUUUCCAAGCGGCGACGACAUACACGGGUAAAGAUCAGUAUUAGGAACAGGCACGUUCAGGUAGCGCGUACACAUGGAAGGAAGGGCCCGGCUACCUGUGGGCCAGGGGUUUGUCACCAGCAGCGAGGGUGCAAUUAUAAUGUGCAUGGCCACACUUCAGUAUCACAUUGUGGGUGAAUGCUCAGUGCCGUGCACCCAGGCAAGAGUCAAGGAUACCACAAUGUGGGUGGGAAAAGCGUGAUGGUGGGCGCGAAGGCAGCCUUGCUACCACCCCUGCUCCGCGGCCUCCACGGAAUCAGACACCAACCCUGUGUCGGUCAAUGAUGGGACAACGAGGAUCCUCACCAUUGUUCGAUGCAUUUAACAUUAAAAUAUCACUGAAUACAACAUCGCCGCCACUACACUGCCAUAAGAUCUGCAGCAGCCCUCUUUCAACCACUCAAAAUAUGUCCUCCAAAAUUUCUUUGGGGGAAUUAUUACACAAUGUCAAGUAGGUAUCUAACAAAUUCCUUAGUUUAUAAAAGUUAUUCGGAGCUGUGAUCACCUGUUAUUCAGUUAAUUGAAAGAUUAUAAUAUAAGCCUUAAUUUCUAAGAAAUUGGAUUCAUUUUUACCUGGUAAUAAACCAUUGUUCUCGCAAUAUUCAUAUAAAACAAUUAUUAUCACUGUUAUCAUUGAAAUCCAUGAAAGGCCAUCGAAGGAAAAUUAAAGACACCCAACACAGCUCCUUCCAUGAGCAGACAUGGAUAUGAAAAAAAAUGUCAGUAGGCUAAGGAAAAAAGAAUAAAAAAGGGGAAGAACAAAAAUAAUACCAAUUGAGUUAAAAGGUGGGUGUUGAUUUUUCCUUUAAACUUAUCAUGUCAACAUGGGAAUCAAUCCCAUCUGGGAUCACAUUCCACAAUUCAAUCAAAUUGGGGAAAAAUGAAAGGGAAAAUUGGUUAAUUGGGCAUGAAAAAAUGGUUGAAGAGAACGCUCAGUGGAUUGUAAAUAAUGGCGUGUGUGGCGGGCAGGCUGAAAUGGUGCCGUUAAGUGAAGAGGCUGCUCAUCAUUAUCAAAAAUCUUAAAAACAAAGUCAACGCACCAACAACCGCAAUAUCCAUCGAUUCUGAGCUACUGAUCCUAGAACACAGAUUUAAUGCUGAAAAUUACUAAUUUAUUCACUUGGUAGAAGUUACAAGAAGACUCCAGAAGUUCAGCGAGUGUUCUGGUGGCCUUACCCCGUCACCGUAACGCCAACACUCUCCUCAAGCAACACAGCCUCGGCGGCGGAGCACCGAGACGUCCUUAACGCACAUAAUCAUUGUAUAAUGAGGGGCACAAGAAACGGACAAAAACUCGAGUAACGAGGUCCAAGGUUAUACAGGCAUGGCAAGGUCAUGUCGGGGCCUCGAGGAGUGAGAAGCCCAGGUCACUCCUGCCGUGAUGGAGGCGCCGGGGGGGGGGGGGGGGGGCAGAGCUGCCUCACGCCGGCUCGCCGCCACCACACAUGAAUCCCUAAGUUAAAAGUGCCUCUUAUUGUUUGUUUGAUUGUUAUUAAUAACAGUUAAUUACAGCUGGUUGCCAAAAUGUGUUAAAGUGAUUGUUAAAUACUUUUAAAAUCCUCUCAAUGUUUCAUAAAUGUUAACAAGAAGCGAUAUAUCUGUGUCUGUGUAUAGCGGGAGUGCAGUAGGUGUAGCGCGAGUAGUGCAGCGGGCGGGGCAGGCGGCGGCAGCUGUGCUCAGAGCCUUGUCCCAGCUGACGCAUCAGGUCCAAAAGUUAGCUUACUUACAAAUGCAAGAGACAGAUGAUCACUAUAUCUAAGUUUCCUAAAAGUUUCAAAUUUGAUUUUCAAGUUACAAAUAGACUGCUUCCGUAUAAAUAAUGUAUAUACAAUAUACAUAUAUACAUAAAUACCUACAAGCAGACAUACACACACACGCACAAGUACACGCACAUCACCGUUCUUUGGUCAUGAAGCAGCUACCAUACUGCACCUGAAGGCUAGCAAUCAGUAGCUUUCCUUGUAAAUACCAACUCAACUCUGAGCCACAAGUCACCUGUGGCUGCGUCCUGUUGCACCCUUCCGGGAGGUGAGGCGCCUAGCUUGUGGGCGUGGUGGGUCAGUCCGUAGGUCUGCAAUAAACUAAUUUCUAAGGCAUCACUGUCUGUAUGCAAGUGUUUGUGCAUUAAUUAGUGGGGCGCCACGGCCCGCGACCCCGUCAUAGUGUACACCCAGGGCCUGAGUUACCUUAGUUUUUGUGUUACUAAACCCCUCCUCCUCCUCCUCCUCCUUCCGAAGACAUGAGAGAGAGAGAGAGAGAGAGACCAUCCGUCUCCACUCCACCUGGGAAUCGAACCCGCGAUCUCACAUUUCUGAGGCGAGCAUACUUGCUACUUCACUACGAAGCUCCGUCUGUGUGUGUGUGUGUGUGUGCUGUCCGAACAUGUGCUAGAAUCGCGAUCCAAUGCCAGUAUCCUUCCCGAAAGAACUUUGAACUCUGGUGACGGAUCUCUGGGUACAAUAGUAACAUCAAAUCACACCAGAAGACAGCCGGGCAGCGGGGAACACUCAUCAACUGGCUCCCCGUGCUCAUUCACGGUGGGGCAAACGUGGAGCACGAAUUAAAGAGUUCCUCUCAACUCCGCCAGGGAAUCAAACCCGGAACGGGACCUCACUGGUGUGAAGUGAGCGUGCUAACCACAGCAUUACGCGUGCACGCGCGUGCGUACUUGCGUGCGUGCGUACUUGCGUGAGUGUGUACGUGCCUGCGUGAGUGUGUACGUACGUGCGUGCGUGAAUACCUGCGUGCGAGCGUCCCUGCAUGCAUGCAUGCGUACGUGUGUGUGUGUGUGUGUGUGUGAGAGAGAGAGAGAGAGAGAGAGAGAGAGAGAGAGAGAGAGAGAGAGAGAGAGAGAGUCACACCAGUAGGCCCCACGAUGAGCAGCAGCAGCAGCAGCAGCCACCAGUCAGGGAGCUCACCCACUCAACAAGUACAAAACGAUCGUCCUCGGCCCAGAGGCUCCAGCUUCCCAGCGGCAGCCUGAUAAAUCUAAAAAUGCAUCUGGCUGGCUGACUGCCUGACUGCCUGACUAGAGGAAAAUGAUGGAGGGGAGGAGGACAGCUUGUUUCUUUUAUUUAAGCAACUCAAACUUUUAAACACGAUUAGAUUUCGUUUACAUCAAUACUCGUUUAGUUGUGUCACUUGGGCGAGUAGCCAUACCAGCGUUACUUUGGAGAAGACUGAGUUUCAUGAGCCGAGUGAGGGCGCCAUAGAGUACCAGGCCAGCAGCAAAGUUCUGGGACGCGUCAACAACAACAGCCAGGAUCAACAAACAUCUAGGAGCAAAAUUCGACAGCCUGUGAUAUUAUAAUAUAUUUUAUGCUGGAACUUUUUCUAUUGAUUAUAUUUUUUUAAUACGAAAUCGUGUUCUUCCAUGAAACUUCCACAAAUCUUCCAUGUUAUUUAUAGUGCAGGGCAGCGGGGCUCGGCUCCUGGCGAUGGAGUCCCUCAUUGCGACAACGGUCAGGCUGGCGAGGAAUUGAACAUUCACUUCAGUUUUCCUUGCACUAGUUAGAUUACCCUCGCGCAGGUCCGCAUAUUAAGUCCGUAUUUUUUUCAGAGUUUUCUCGAAAAGUUUAGAAUGGAUGCAGCUUUAACUUAAACUACAAAUAAAAUUAAAUAAUGCUGUAAAUACAAUGUUGACCAUACGGUAAGAUGAACGAAAGCUUGUCUUGCCCUUCCCCCCACUCUCUCUCUCUCUCUCUCUCUCUCUCUCUCUCUCUCUCUCUCUCUCUCUCUCUCUCUCUCUCUCUCUCUCUCUCUCCUGUGGUUUAUCCUCCCCUGAAACAGUCGUAGAGGCUGCACAAUAUCGGUACUCAGUAAGUAACCAUCUCCGCUUAGGAAGAAAACUAUGCGCCAGAGAGUAUUCUUUUUGCUUUUCUAGUGGAGGUGAACACGAGUGUCGCGGGUUCUCCAAUAUAAAGUUGUUCCCCGACAUCUAGCAGAGACGAUCCAGUGAGACGUGUUAUUGUUUAGACCAAUAAAAUUUCUGAUAGAG